AUGACUUCGAGAUAUAGAGUCGAAUAUGCAUUGAAAAAACACAAGAGAGAUGAGUUCAUUGAGUGGAUCAAGUCUCUCUUGGCGGUGCCAUUUGUGCUCCACGCUGAUUUGGAGAACUACGAGGAGAUGUAUGCCAUUGGGAAAAGACAUGAGACGGAAGCAGACAAGUUUCUUGAAUUGCACGAGCAGACUUUGGCAAAAACUUGCCUGGAAAGAUAUACUGAAGUGUUCAUGGAUGUGGAGAAAUUGAUCGAUAGCACUCGCUACUUGGAUAGUUUCCAUACUGAUGAAACCAUUUCUCGGUCUAGAUUGAGGCAAUUGGUACCUUCAGUGGGUCAGUUCUUCACUAGACUACCAUUGAAGGAGGCUUUUGAAAUUGAGGAUCACAAGAAACAUAUGUCAAGAAGGCGUCUUGUUUCUCCAUCGUUUAACGACGUGAGAGCUAUUCUCAAUACCGCUCAAGUUCUUGCGCUCACCUCCCACGCUGAAGAGAAUUCACGCUUGAAGCUCAUUACAUUGAUGUCGCUCGUGAAGGAAUCUCCUUUGGUUGAUGGACUUGUGGAACUUUUGGCCAACGAUAUUUACGUGGCAGUGGUUACCGCAGCUGGUUACCCUGGAGAAUCCGGUGCUUUGGAGUACCAUAAGAGAUUGCCUGGUCUUAUUGAAGUGUUAAGAACCACGGAUCAGCUCACGAAUCAACAGAAGAACAACUUCUUGGUGAUGGGAGGUGAGUCGAACUACCUAUUCAGAUUCAAUUCCGAGAUUGGCAGUUUGCAAUUCUUAGAAGGCGACCAAUGGUACUUACCUAUUAUGCGUGACUGGGAUACGAAGCAGAUAAACCAUAUUAUGAAUGCAUCCUACGAUCACUUGGUGCACUUGCGCAAGAAGUUCUGCUUAGACGACGAAAGCAAGACUACGAUUAUACGGAAGGAACGCUCCUUGGGUAUUAUCCCUGUUCUGGGGUUCAAAAUUCUGCGUGAAACGCUCGAAGAAAUUGUACUUUCCCUUCUGUCUAGAUUGCACGAUAUGCUUUAUGCUGCAAUCCCCUCUUUGCCUGAGGAAAGCCACCAUUUUACUUCGGUAGUCACGGACCUUUCCGGUGGCGACUUACGCGUUUGCGCUUUUAACGGUGGCUCCGAUGUGUGGGUGGAUAUUGGAGACAAGUCUUUAGGUGUUGAAGCAUUGCAACAGUACCUAUGCAAAGACUCAGGUAAGCCUCCCAUCAGCAAAAGCGAGUCCUUGCACAUUGGAGAUCAAUUCGCAUCGGUCGGAGCUAACGACUACAAAGCCAGACUUAGCGCUUGUACCGCAUGGAUAGCAAGCCCCAAGGAGACCGAGGAUAUUCUUUUUGACCUUGUUGAUUUCUUGAGGGGCGAUCCAAAUGCAAAGGCGAAGUGA